CACAUAACCCUCUCUAUAUAAUCCCCUUUAAGCCCCCAGAACUCUUCCUUUAUUUACUGCAGCCCCGCCACUGCACCCUCUCUCUCUUUCUCAAUAUCAUCGCCGCCCCGCCACAACCUCUUUCAUCCGGCGGCCAAUAUCCUCUCCUCCUCCACCCCCUUCCCUCUCCUCCACAAAAACCAAAAAAAAAAAAGCAAAAAGAAAAAAGAAAAAUUCUAAACUUCUCUCCUAGACAUUUUAUCAAACAGUUGGUGUGUGUUUUUUUUUUAUUGUCGUAAUAAAAAGAGGAGAGGGAAGUUAUAUCAAAACCCGAAAAAAAUCGGAACUUUUUUGAGAAGCAAAAAAGAGAAAUUGAAAUGGCACAGGUUCAAGUACCGGCGCAGCCACAGAAUGUGAAUGGAGGGGCUAAUAACCCAAAUUUUGUAACGACAUCGCUUUAUGUGGGUGAUUUGGAAGCGAAUGUGACUGAUUCCCAGUUGUAUGAUCUGUUUAAUCAAGUGGGUCAAGUGGUUUCCGUCAGGGUUUGCAGGGACCUGACGAGCCGCAGGUCCCUUGGUUAUGGUUAUGUUAACUACAGCAAUCCUCAAGAUGCUGCAAGGGCAUUGGAAGUGCUGAAUUUCACUCCAGUGAAUGGAAGUCCAAUCAGGGUUAUGUAUUCCCAUCGUGACCCGAGUGUUCGCAAAAGUGGGGCAGGAAAUAUAUUUAUUAAGAAUUUGGACAAGGCAAUUGACCACAAAGCACUGCAUGACACAUUUUCAGUAUUUGGGAACAUUCUCUCUUGCAAGGUUGCUACUGACCCCUCUGGCCAGUCAAAAGGCUAUGGGUUUGUGCAGUUUGACAGCGAGGAAGCUGCUCAAAAAGCGAUUGAGAAACUGAAUGGCAUGCUGUUGAAUGAUAAGCAAGUUUACGUGGGACCUUUCCUUCGCAAGCAGGAAAGGGAUACUGCCACUGACAAGACAAGAUUCAACAAUGUUUUUGUGAAGAAUCUAUCCGAAACGACAGCUGAGGAGGAUUUGAACAAAGCUUUUGGUGAAUUUGGAACUAUCACCAGUGUUGUGGUGAUGAGGGAUGGUGAUGGAAAGUCUAGGUGCUUUGGAUUUGUGAACUUUGAGAAUGCAGAUGAUGCUGCUAAAGCAGCGGAGGCUCUUAAUGGAAAGAAAUUUGAUGACAAGGAAUGGUUUGUUGGGAAAGCUCAGAAAAAAUAUGAAAGGGAAGUCGAGUUAAAACAACGGUUUGAGCAGAGCAUGAAGGAAGCAGCUGACAAAUUUCAGGGUGCAAAUUUGUACAUUAAAAAUUUAGAUGAUAGCAUAGGUGAUGAGAAAAUUAAGGAGCUGUUUUCUCCAUUUGGUACAAUCACGUCUUGCAAGGUUAUGCGAGACCCGAAUGGAAUAAGCAGAGGAUCAGGGUUUGUUGCAUUCUCAACUCCUGAAGAGGCAUCAAGAGCUCUAUUGGAGAUGAACGGGAAAAUGGUUGCUAGCAAACCUCUAUAUGUUGCCCUUGCACAAAGAAAGGAAGAUAGAAGAGCCAGGUUGCAGGCUCAGUUUUCUCAAAUGCGACCAGUUGCAAUGGCACCUUCAGUUGGUCGUAUGCCAAUGUACCCCCCUACUGGUCCCGGUCUUGGACAACAAAUAUUCUAUGGACAAGGCCCACCUGCUAUCAUGCCACCCCAGCCUGGAUUUGGGUAUCAACAACAGCUAGUGCCUGGUAUGAGGCCUGGAGGGGCUCCUAUGCCAAAUUUCUUUGUGCCAAUGGUUCAGCAGGGGCAGCAAGGUCAGCGUCCUGGUGGUCGACGGGCAGGUACUGGCCAGCAAUCCCAGCAGCCAGUCCAGCUAAUGCAGCAGCAGAUGCUUCCUAGGGGACGUGUCUAUCGCUACCCUCCAGGACGUGGAUUGCCUGAUGUUCCAAUGACUGGUGUUGCUGGAGGCAUGCUUUCUGUUCCAUAUGACAUGGGUGGUAUGCCAAUGCGUGAUGCAGCGCUGUCCCAGCCAAUUCCCAUAGGGGCUUUGGCUACUGCACUUGCAAAUGCUACUCCAGAUCAGCAGAGAACGAUGCUGGGAGAAAAUCUGUACCCUCUUGUGGAGCAGCUGGAACCUGAAGCCGCAGCUAAAGUGACAGGCAUGCUUCUGGAGAUGGAUCAGACUGAGGUUCUGCACUUGCUUGAGUCACCAGAAGCUCUCAAAUCAAAGGUUAAUGAGGCGAUGGAGGUUCUAAGGACUGUUCAGCAGCAGGCCACUGGCACAGCUGAUCAACUAGCCUCAUUGUCACUGAACGACAACCUUGGGCCCUAGGUAGAGCUUGGGCAUGGUUUUUGAAAUGCCGGAUGUGAAAUCCAUUCUAGAUAUGGCUUUGAUGCAUUUUAGACUUGAUUGCUUGGUAGCUUAGGCACCGGUUUUGGCUUGCUUAUGAGUUUCUUUCAGAAGUUAUUUGGAUAUUUAUGCUUUAAUUUUUGUUAUGCGAGUGACAAAUUUCCGUUGCUUUAA